UAUAACCCAUCAUGCCUUGAGAUAAAGCACAGGUUACCCGCGCAUAUCUACUCAUCUUACGCAAUACUCAUCCAAGAUGGCGCAGGUGUCGCUGUCGCGGUAUUUUUGUGCAAAUUGCCGUUCGCUAUCACGAGUAGAAGCCACACGUGUGUACGGUGGAGUUUGUCAAGCAAAUGCUUCAUCGCCCUGGACUGCACUUACCAACUCGCACAGACAACAGGCAAGAUUGUUUGCCUUCAGACGACAAAAUGAGCAGCCAGGUCUUUUUGGUAAAUUCAUUCAAAAUAUCAAGGAGGGGAUUGAGCGCAACAAAGAGAUGCAGGAAAAUAUAAAGAAAUUUCAAAAAGAAGCAAAGAAGUUUGAGUCAUCAGAAACACUUAAAACUGCAAAGUCAAGAUUUGAGUUUGUUGAAAAAGUCAAGGAAAAUUUGUCAGAGGUGUCAGCGAAGUUUUCAUCAACAGCUCGAUCCAUAUCAGGGACCAUGUCCACUAAGGUCUCUCAAAUGUAUGAGGACUUAACAGCAAGUGACACCUUCAAGAAAAGUAAAGAGGCCUCUGAAGAACUGACUAAGUCUGCUAAAGAUGCUGCAUCUAAAGUCCAGGAGCAAACAGAAGAGAUCACCAAAACUGGCACCUUUAAGACUGUGUCAAAGGGUUUCAAAGUUGUCAAGGAGGAGCUUGUAGAUGAAGAACUUAAACAAUCCAGACCAUAUCAGACUCCAGCUGAGCUAAGAAGAAGAACAGCUGUUAAUAUGAACCAAACAGAGAUAAAGGAGAAGAGAAUAGAAGCAAAUGAGGACGCCACAGGAGUUGUUCUCCACAAAGACUCCAAGUGGUACCAGCAAUGGAAGGAGUUCAAAGAUAAUAACCCAGUGGUGACCAGCCUGUUCAACCUGAAGAUGAAGUAUGAUGAGAGUGAUAAUGUCGUUAUCAGAGCAACAAGAGUCGUGACAGAUAGACUCACUGACGUCUUCAGUGAUGUGUUUUCACAAUCAGAGAUGGCCAAAACCCUUUCAGAAAUAACUAAAAUUGAUCCGCAGUUUAACAAGGACAGGUUUUUACAAGAGUGUGAAUUUGAGAUUAUCCCUGCUGUACUUGAGGGAUUUCUUCAAGGAAAACUCGACAUCCUCAAGGACUGGUGCCAUGAACCGGCGUACAAUGUCCUGGCUGCUCAGAUAGAGCAGACAAAACAGCUUGGUCAUAAACUUGAUGCAAAAGUGCUCGAUAUCAGAGAUGUUGAUCUUGCAAUGGCCAAGAUCAUGGAACAAGGACCCGUCCUCGUGUUGACCUUCACGGCCCAACAGGUUAUGGUCCUGAGAGAUGCCAUUGGAAAUAUUAUCGAGGGAGGGGAGGACAACAUCGAGAUGGUAAGCUAUGUGUGGGCACUGUGUCGCGACCAGAGCAUCCUGGACCACCGCCAGGCCUGGAGAGUGCUGGAAUUCGGCAUCCAAAACAGCGAGGCGUACGUCUAAUAACAAACGAAAAUACACAAGACUGUGGCACUCGGAAACUCGCGCGGUACAAUCGACGGCUUCUAAGUAAUUUCCAAGACGACGGUUGAUAAUUCAUUGUACCCUAGGUACUUAUAACAGCGAGGUAUAGGGUCAGAAACAGACAAGGCGGACAGACGGGCUGAAAUAUCCGCGCUAGCGGCUUUUUAAUUUACCCAGAGUGCUCUAGGACAGAGGUGACCGAGUCUGCCUUCCAGUAAUGCAAGGCGUACGGUUGACAAAGAAUGCGUAAAAAGUAUCUCCGCCAGACCCUUCCCACACGCGGUAGAAGAUGCCGCAACGUUACUUCUGGUGGGGUGGUUAGAAGGUAGAAACAUGUAAAUCAAGCCAGGAAGCCAUGGUUUACCACGAGGAUUUUUUCUAGAAAAUGGGGGUCCUGUGGUGUUUGAUCGCGAAAGUGAGGCCUCUGCAAAUACACGUAUUUCACAAAAGGUUGUCAAUGCAAAUGGCGAAUGGCUUAUGGGUACUAAUUAUUCGUAAAAUUAAAGAAGACGCAUGGUUACUUUCUGUCGUAGAACUGCCAUUUGCCAAUCGCCAUUUACACUGACAACCUUUAUUGAAAUAGGUGUAUAUUAAAUCAAAAGCGAGAAUAUUAAACAAACUCCGAUCUGUCAAACUCUCGCAUUCUCACUCAAUGAUCCCAUUUUCUGUGGAAAUGGCCGAUUCGCGCUUGGAUAAUUUAAGUUUAACUGGUAGAGCGAGAGAUUCCUAAGACUGAUUUGACAGCACGAUACAGUGGUAUGCCACUUGCCCGCAACACCUCCUCAACUUGGGUCAUCGAGUGUAAAUCAGCCUACCACUCCGCCAUGACGUUCGUAGUUUGUAAUUCGAGGCUAAGACAUGUCGUAAGCAGGUAGUAGGCGACUACAUAGUGCUGUCUAAAUCGGCCUUUACAAUGGACGGUAGCUUAAGCCACGCUUGAUAAUAGCCACUGUGUGGAUUUUUUUUUUUUUUUUACAAACAAAAGAUUGUUCAAGUAUUGACUGCUGAAUGAAUAUGAUGGAAUCUACUGACGGACGGAUUAUUGCCAUCAAAGGAGACGCGGGGAAAUAUAAAAAAGGAAAUAUAAUAAAUCGUGCAAAGAUGUUUUUUUUUUUGCUCAAAAAAUAAUGUACACGAAGAAAUUAUUUACACCAUGCUCGUAGACCUCGAACACCCAGCAGUCUUUGCGAUCGUUCCCUGCUCUUCACGGAAGAAAGGCGGUUGACCGCUCGAUCAUGCUGUUUAUAUAGGCAGGUUCUUAGCUUAAUUGUUAAUUUUUUUUUGGCUGUCUUGGGCUUGUUUUUUUAACGAAAAAUAAAAUUCUCAAGUUGUUUGUUGUUGAUAAGAUCUACGUGAA